CCAAGUCCUGCAAUGCAAUGAGAAACGUGACCACGCUGUUUAAGGGCGAAUGUGGUGUGUGUGUGUGUGUUCUGUUUUCCUUAAAAACGUAUUACCACAUAUAUACAAAGUAUAUCAAACGUACAGACGUCAACCACGAUUCGCGAUGAAUAUUUUGAGUAAUUCUGUAUUGCUUGCUUGUAGCCAAUUAUUAUAUUAGUUACCUCACGACACAUUACGUGGACUUUAAGGACAGCUCCCUCUUGUACAUAUUAUAUCCUAUGAUUACCGUAAUUGCACUCGUGGCAGAUGUGUGUAGCAAGGUGACUUGUCAUCGCUAUGCCAAAUGCAACAAUCACUACAACGGCACUGCUAGCUGUUCAUGCUCGUCGCGGUGUCCGCUCGUGUAUAAACCGGUUUGCGGUACGGACAUGGAGACCCAUAUCAACGCUUGCCUGCUGAAGCUCAAGUCGUGUCAAAUUGAAAGUGAUCUUGACGUUGCUUAUUCUGGUCCCUGUUUACCAGACCCGUGUCUAGCCAAGCGCUGUCCGCCUUAUGCACAGUGUGUACCCGACCAUGUACUCAAGGCACGGUGCACUUGUCCUGAACGAUGUCCGCUGACCUAUAACCUGAUCUGCGGCUCGGAUGGCGUAUCAUACCUAAGCGCAUGCGCAAUGCGAGCCACGGCCUGUCAGCAGAACAGAAACAUCACCGUUGCACAUCAUGGCGCCUGUGAGCGCGUUUCUUGUGGCAACAUCCGCUGUCCACGCUUCUCCGUGUGCAUCUCGGCGCAAGAAGGUGGUAUCAAGUGUAGCUGUCCAAUUUACUGUCCACCAUCCGGUCAACCCGUGUGUGGUAGCGACGGUAAAAGCUACGGCAGCGAGUGCGAGCUGCGAAAAGAGGCUUGUGAGGCUAAAAUCAAGCUGACGCUUGUCAGUAAAGGGAAAUGCUACGGUAUGAAAUACGCCCCUUAUAGUGCGAGCUUUACAAUAUCACUUCACGUUUCUACGUGA